UUCUAUUUACAAAUGUCACAGAACUCACACGAUGUUUAUACGCAAUACAUACAUUAAUUCUUUAAACGUAGUUGAUUCGCAUGUGCAGAAUUUUGGUUAUAAUGUCGCCUUAACCUUAUGUUUUUCACUAUAAUUUCACUAUUAUAAAUAAACCGUUAUUAAAUGAACAAAAAUGAAAGAAUUAUAGUACUUCUUUACCAUUUUUGAUACGUACAUUUUUUAUACACAACAAUUAUUUACGAAUGUUUUUAAAUUUAUUCAUGAUUCAAACGUACUAUUUUUUAAAUUUAAAAAUAUUGAUUUUUGAACUUGAAAGUAGCGUUAAACAAACAACAAUCAACAUUCUUCGAAAUGGCAAACCCGGCAGGUUUUUUGGCUCACUUAAUAAAAUUAAUUAUAACUAUUAUAUGUUUAAAGUACUUUGAAGGUGUUCUUUCCACAAUAACUGUUCGAGCUUGUCAAAUAUUCCUUGUACAUUCAAUAAUUGGGAUGUUUAGAUUUGGAAAUACAGGAGGCCUCAUUAGUAGAAGGAAUGUUCGAGAAUUUUAUGAACGUACUUCUAAUAUUGUUGAAGUUAUACCAUUUUCAAUGAUUUCUUAUGAAAUAUCCAAACGUUGUGAAAUUGAUGAAGUUUUAAGACAAUCAUUACUAUUGAUACUUAUGCUAUUGCCAAUUGUUCAUGAGAUAAUAUCUAGGAAAGAACGUUCCAAGAUACGGAUUCUUAUAAAUUAUGCUAUAAAUUUGGAACUUAUUAUAAUAACAAUUGUUUGUUUACAAAGAGGAGUUUUUGGAGUACUUAAUUUAGUUAUUUCUUAUAUAUUUAAUCGGUAUUUUGUCGAAUCAUUUUGUGACUGGUUUGAUGUGCCAUAUGAUGAUUUAAUCCAAUAUAGCCUGUGCUUCGUGCAAAUUUUUUCUCUAACAACCCUUAAAGAAUUGUAAAGAGUUUCUAUACAUAUAUACUUAUAUUGAAAUGUU